AUGCGGGCUCCGUCUCUGCAGCAGUCAACAGAGUCAGCAGUCAAAACACGUGCAGGAGUCAUACCCCCACCAGCAGCCGCGUCGGCACCAUGCGGGCUCGGUCUCUGCAGCAGUCAGCAGAGUCAGCAGUCAAAACGCGUGCAGGAGUCGUGCCCCCACCAGCAGCCGCGUCGGCACCAUGCGGGCUCCGUCUCUGCAGCAGUCAGCAGAGUCAGCAGUCAAAACACGUGCAGGAGUCAUACCCCCACCAGCAGCCGCAUCGGCACCAUGCGGGCUCCGUCUGCAGCAGUCAGCAGAGUCAGCAGUCAAAACACGUGCAGCAGGCGCACCCCCACCAGCAGCCGCGUUAGCACCAUGCGGGCUCCGUCUCUGCAGCAGUCAACAGAGUCAGCAGUCAAAACAUGUGCAGGAGUCAACCCCCACCAGCAGCCGCGUCGGCACCAUGCGGGCUCCGUCACUGCAGCAGUCAGCAGGCUCAGCAGUCAAAACAUGUGCAGGAGUCAUACCCCCACCAGCAGCCGCGUCGGCACCAUGCGGGCUCUGUCUCUGCAGCAGUCAACAGAGUCGUACCCCCACCAGCAGCCGCGUUGGCACCAUGCAGGCUCCGUCUCUGCAGCAGUCAGCAGAGUCAGCAGUCAAAACACGUGCAGCAAGCGCACCCCCCACCAGCAGCCGCGUCGGCACCAUGCGGGUUCCGUCUCUGCAGCAGUCAGCAGGGUCAGCAGUCAAAACACGUGCAGGAGUUGUACCCCCACCAGCAGCAGCGUUGGCACCAUGCGGGCUCCGUCUCUGCAGCAGUCAACAGAGUCAGCAGUCAAAACACGUGCAGGAGUCGUACCCCCACCAGCAGCCGCGUCAGCACCAUGCGGGCUCCCUCUCUGCAGCAGUCAGCAGAGUCAGCAGUCAAAACACGUGCAGCAGGCGCACCCCCACCAGCAGCCACGCCGGCACCAUGCGGGCUCCGUCUCUGCAGCAGUCAGCAGGGUCAGCAGUCAAAACACGUGCACGAGUCGUACCCCCACCAGCAGCCGCGUCGGCACCAUGCAGGCUCCGUCUCUGCAGCAGUCAGCAGAGUCAGCAGUCAAAACACGUGCAGCAGGCGCACCCCCACCAGCAGCCGCGUCGGCACCAUGCGGGCUCCGUCUCUGCAGCAGUCAACAGAGUCAGCAGUCAAAACACGUGUAG